AGGAGCAACCAAAAGUCUGGCUAAUAUUGUAAAAGGGAUAUUCUGGUAGGACGUAUGCCUACCAUUAGUUCUGAAUACUGGUGAGGUUCUGAGGGCAAAAUGGCCGUGUUGAUUGAAAUUGCUUUCAGAGUUUCUUGGCUUUGUUGCCUGCUAAUUGGAGGGAUAACGUGUUCUACAUCAGAAGGUGAUUGGUCUCCUGCACUGGGUUCUAAUGCAGCAUGGCUCUAUGCAGGAUCACUUAGGUCUCUAGGAUAUGGCAAUUAUAAGUCUCCAACAGCUCAAAUGAGAGCGCAACAGAAACAUCCGGCCUCCAUCCUGCGGAAGGAACUGGCCCCCAUGUCCCAGCAACCUCAGCAAAUGAAAUAUCAAGCUCAAAUGCCCCAGAAUCCACAAGCCACUGAACUUCAGAAGCAACUGGCUGCCAUGAACCAGCAAGUGUGGCAUCCAGCUCAAAUGCCCCUGCAGCAGAAGCAACCUACCACCGUAUCCCAGCAAGUGUGGCAUCCAGCUCAAAUGCCCCUGCAGCAGAAGCAACCGACCGCCGUGCCCCAGCAAGUGUGGCAUCCAGCUCAAAUGCCCCUGCAACCGACCGCCGUGCCCCAGCAAGUGUGGCAUCCAGCUCAAAAACCCCUGCAGCAGAAGCAACUGACCGCCGUGCCCCAGCAAGUUUGGCAUCCAGCUCAAAUGCCCGUGCAGCAGAAGCAACCGACCGCCGUGCCCCAGCAUGUGUGGCAUCCAGCUCAAAUGCCCCUGCAGCAGAAGCAACCGACCUCCGUGCCCCAGCAAGUGUGGCAUCCAGCUCAAAUGCCCGUGCAGCAGAAGCAACCGACCGCCGUGCCCCAGCAAGUGUGGCAUCCAGCUCAAAUGCCCCUGCAGCAGAAGCAAUUGACCGCUGUGCCCCAGCAAGUGUGGCAUCCAGCUCAAAUGCCCCUGCAGCAGAAGCAACCGACUGCCGUGCCCCAGCAAGUGUGGCAUCCAGCUCAAAUGCCCCUGCAACAGAAGCAACCGACUGCCGUGCCCCAGCAAGUGUGGCAUCCAGCUCAAAUGCCCUUGCAGCAAAAACAACCUACCACCGUAUCCCAGCAAGUGUGGCAUCCAGCUCAAAUGCCCCUGCAGCAGAAGCAGCCGACCGCCGUGCUCCAGCAAGUGUGGCAUCCAGCUCAAAUACCCAUGCAGCAGAAGCAACCGACCGCCGUGCUCCAGCAAGUGUGGCAUCCAGCUCAAAUACCCGUGCAGCGGAAGCAACCCACAGCCGUGCCUCAGCAAGUGUGGCAUCCAGCUCAAAUGCCCCUGCAGCAGAAGCAACCGACCGCCGUGCCCCAGCAAGUGUGGCAUCCAGCUCAAAUGCCCCUGCAGCAGAAGCAACCGACCGCCGUGCCCCAGCAAGUGUGGCAUCCAGCUCAAAAACCCCUGCAGCAGAAGCAUCCGACCGCCGUGCCCCAGCAAGUGUGGCAUCCAGCUCAAAUGCCCCUGCAGCAGAAGCAACCGACCGCCGUGCCCCAGCAAGUGUGGCAUCCAGCUCAAAUGCCCCUGCAGCAGAAGCAACCGACCGCCGUGCCCCAGCAAGUGUGGCAUCCAGCUCAAAUGCCCCUGCAGCAGAAGCAACCGACCGCCGUGCCCCAGCAAGUGUGGCAUCCAGCUCAAAUGCCCCUGCAGCAGAAGCAACCGACCGCCGUGCCCCAGCAAGUGUGGCAUCCAGCUCAAAUGCCCCUGCAGCAGAAGCAACCGACCGCCGUGCCCCAGCAAGUGUGGCAUCCAGCUCAAAUGCCCCUGCAGCAGAAGCAACCGACCGCCGUGCCCCAGCAAGUGUGGCAUCCAGCUCAAAUGCCCCUGCAGCAGAAGCAACCGACCGCCGUGCCCCAGCAAGUGUGGCAUCCAGCUCAAAUGCCCCUGCAGCAGAAGCGACCGACCGCCGUGCCCCAGCAAGUGUGGCAUCCAGCUCAAAAGCCCCUGCAGCAGAAGCGACCGACCGCCGUGCCCCAGCAAGUGUGGCAUCCAGCUCAAAUGCCCCUGCAGCUGAACCUACCGCCCACUGAACCUCAGAAGAACCUGACGUCUAUGCCCCAGCAAGUGUCGUAUCGAUCUAAAAUGCUACAGCAGCAAAAUCAUCUGGCUGCCAUGCCACAGAUUCCUCUUCUCAUGUGGCAUCCAGCUCAAAAUCCCCAGCAGGAGCUGGCCGUCGAAGCCCAGCAGCAGCAGGAGCUGGCCGUCGAAGCCCAGCAGCAGCAGGAGCUGGCCGUCGAAGCCCAGCAGCAGCAGGAGCUGGCCGUCGAAGCCCAGCAGCAGCAGGAGCUGGCCGUCGAAGCCCAGCAGCAGCAGGAGCUGGCCGUCGAAGCCCAGCAGCAGCAGGAGCUGGCCGUCGAAGCCCAGCAGCAGCAGGAGCUGGCCGCCGAAGCCCAGCAGCAGCAGGAGCUGGCCGCCGAAGCCCAGCAGCAGCAGGAGCUGGCCGCCGAAGCCCAGCAGCAGCAGGAGCUGGCCUCCGAAGCCCAGCAGCAGCAGGAGCUGGCCGCCGAAGCCCAGCAGCAGCAGGAGCUGGCCGCCGAAGCCCAGCAGCAGCAGGAGCUGGCCGCCGAAGCCCAGCAGCAGCAGGAGCUGGCCGCCGAAGCCCAGCAGCAGCAGGAGCUGGCCGCCGAAGCCCAGCAGCAGCAGGAGCUGGCCGCCGAAGCCCAGCAGCAGCAGGAGCUGGCCGCCGAAGCCCAGCAGCAGCAGGAGCUGGCCGCCGAACCCCAGCAGCAGCAGGAGCUGGCCGUCGAGCAGCAGCAAAUGAGGAAUCCAGCUCAAAUGCCCCAGCAGCAACCAAACCGCGUUCCUCAGCAAGAAUGGCAUGUAGCUCACAAGCCCCUGCAGCAGAAGCAACUGGCCACUGAACCUCAGCAGAAGGAACUGACCGCCAUGCCCCAGCAAGUGUGGUAUCGAGUUAAAACGCUCCAGCAGUAUAAUCAUUUGGCCGCCAUGCCACACAAGCAACAGGCCCCCAUUCCCCAGCAGCCUCCGCUUGUGUGGCAUCCAGCUUAUUUUCCCCAGCAGCAGAAGGAUCUGGCCGUCGAACCCCAGCAGCAAGUGAGGUAUCCAGCUCAAAUGCCCCAAAAGCAACCGAACCCCAUUCCUCAGCAAUUAUGGCAUGUAGCCCAAAUGCCCCAGCAGCAACUGGUCCCAAUGUCUCAGCAGAAGCACUACGAAAGCACUGAAGAUGGCGCCUCUAGUAAUUCUCAGUUCCAAAUCGGUUCCAAAUCACACUACGAGAAUGGCAGAACUGUCUUCUCCCAAACCCACUACACUCAUAGGGAGGCUAUGCCUGUUGACAGUGGAAAUGCUCCCAAUGACAGUGAUGUUGGCAUAUUUGAACCAAGCACAUACCCACCACUAGUGAAGGAUCCUACAAGGAAAAUCUAAUGGUGGAUUCAUCCUUUAGAAGCUGAUGGUUUCAGUCAUGCUUUUGUUUUUACCAGGAAGUUGCUGUGUUCUUGCUACUCUUGCAUGAUUGAAUCAAUAAACUAUUUUACUUUCCAA